AUGUGUGGUUUGAAUGGCCAGAGACUCUCAAAGUGGUACUCGGUCAGCAAAUGGGCAAAGAAAAAUAACAGCUCACUUAGCCUGGAAGAAUUUCAAUGGAUAGUGGAACGUUACGCACAAGUGGACAGGGACACAGAAAAUAUUCGUUCAUUAGUCGUAGAAAAUUUAAAGAAAAAUGGCAGACGAUACAGGUUUGACCUCAAUGAUUCGAAUAACUACCGAUUAAUAAAUCCAAAAUACAAGCCAAGAUGUGAAUCAAAGGUUAAAAGACCUUACUGCCCAUGCGUGGGUUGGGUGGAUCCAAUGGUGUACAAAGUAAUGGAUCGGGCAGAGGAAAUGCUGAAAAAAAACAAAACGGUCAUUACUGUCAAGACAGAUACCAGCAAGUUCUGGCAGAUAUAG